AUGACUGUUCAAGAGGUGGUGCAUUAUUCCGUUCUCUUGCUUGCAGUAACCGCGUUAGGUUCUGCCGCCACCGCAUUCGAAGAAAUAACUUCAGUUUCCCCUUUUAUGAAGGCUUGCUGACGUUUGGAAAUCACUUCCCUCCUACAAUUCAUUCCAAGUUUCUUCGAGUGGCGAAAAAAUUCGUCUGCAGUGAAAUCCAUGAUAAUCCGAUUUUGGCACUUUUCGAUAAUAUCAGGGAUAUGCCUUGCUCUCACAUUUUGCCUCUGGUGCUUAAGUUUGGAUUUAACUUCAAUUGCUCAUUCGCUGCUUUUUUCGUCAGCUUCACCCUUAGUUAUUGUGGUUUCUUACUUUUUCCUAUGCAAAAAAGUAACAUUUUUGGAAAUUUUAGGAGUGGUAAUAGGCUUUGCGGGACUUGCUAUUUGUAUAUUAGGGAGCAAAGGAAGCGAAGGAUCUACGUGGUAUGGAGAUUUGCUUGCAUUUGGAACUGCAAUUGCGCUGGCUCUUUAUAUUCUAACUGGAAAAAGGGUAAUGAGCUGCAAUAUUCCUAUGUGGAGCUAUUUAGCCAUUGCCAAUUUACAAGCCGCGGUUUGGUCUUAUAUCUUUGCACUGAUAGAUGGAGACAGCGCUAUUGCAGGAAUUCAAUGAAUUUAUACAGAAGAUUGAAUUAUGGCUUUAUAUUUAGGAGUUGUGCCAGGAGCGUUAGGAAAUGGAGCGUUUAGUUAUCUGAUUAAAUACAUGUCAGAGCUCGUUAUUUCUGUAUUUAUCAAUUUUCAGCCUGUAUUAGGGUCAAUUAUCGGGUGGCUUUAUGGGAUCCAAGAGCCUCCUUCAGUUUAUACAUGGAUCGGAGGUACCGUUGUCACGACUGGAAACAUCCUGGUUGCAGUGGCAGGAGCUCUGAAAAAUGAUAGAGAAAUCAAAAUCGAAGUAGAAUACGAUGAAAACAAUAAUGAAAAAAGCAAUGAAAACGGCAAAGAAAUAAGGAAAAGGCUACUAAGCUUCAAUAUGGAUCAAGUCUAG